UGGGCAGUGGUGUUCUGCUGAUGGAGUGUGUCAUCAAAAUUGCAGUUCACCCCUUUGAUUGGGAUCCCUCAUCCUACCCUUAUAUGGAUAUUGGUUCCCAGCAACUUCAUUUUGGAAUUAGAGCUGAACCAAUCAACAUAAGUCCUCACACAUGUAUUAUAGAUGUCUCUAUUCCCUCACUCACUUAUACUGUUGUUACCUCAUUUGUGUUUUGGGUCAUGAUAGAGGUACUUGCAGAUUACUACAGUUCUUCCCCUUCAGCUAGCCCUUGAUGUUCUUAUUGUUCUGAGGAUAUUACUGUAUUUUGGGUGGUUCCUAUCAUUUUAAAUUUGAAUGAGAUGGUUUACAUUACACAGUCAUCUUUUUCAUGCCGAUGUUUUGUUCCCGGGUUGCUCAAUCAAUUUGUCACAUUGUUAUUAUGUGUCUCGUUCAUGGGUUGGGGGGUACAAGAUUCCCUCUGGUCUCAUGAACUUGAGGUGAAGAUGGUAUUAUCAUCUUUCCUACCUCCACCAUAUGGCUGGUUUUUGGAUUGUAGUUGAUUUUCCGGUGAUAUGAUCCUCAUCCUACCCCCAUAUGGAUGUCAGUUCCCGGUGGCUGGGUUUUGGAUUGUAGUUGACUUGUCAUGCUUUAGUCACUUUACACCUAGGGCACAUCCUUUUCAUCUUACCAACUUUUAUGUUUUCUCGGAUUGAGUCUAAUAAUUAUCAUAUGGUUCAGAUACCUAUCCUGCCAUAAUUCUCUCUCACUUGGAUGUGUUCAUCCAUCUUUCUGCCCGUAUAUGCCACAGCUUUCCACAGUGGGUGAAGAGUAUAUCUGGUACAGAAGUGAUGCGGUAUCCCAUGAAUGAUCUUCUACCAUGAGGAUCUACUCUUUGGGGGAUGCUUAUUUCUUUCCCUCGCAUUGGUCCCUCCACCUUUUCAGUGUGGGAUUCUUGCUAUUUAUGUGAGAAGAGGUAAUGUACCAUAUCGGAAGCUAUAGUUUUCCUAUACUGAACAUGUAUUUCCAAUAGGUACUUAUCUCCUCUCCACCGAAAACCAAUGCUUCCAUUUCCUGCCAAAACUCGAGGUGAUAGUUCGGUAGAAUUGAAUGGAGGGAGUCACAUGUGUGAAAAUAGUGUGAUGGACUCUUAUUGGUAGAGGGUUGUCUCAUGAUGAUUUGCAUGUGAGAUGCAUUUGAAUCAGUUGAUUCAAAGAUUGGUGGGAGCUUCAAGGCUUGUGGCAUGCGAAAAAAUGUUUUGCAUAUAGAGGGCAGCACUGAACAAGAAUAGCUAUUUAUGUGAGAGGAGGUAUGUACCUAUCAGAAAUACAUUUAAUGUAUAGGAAAAUUAUAACUUUGGGCAUUUGUUAUUGUUAACCUUCUUACCUUUGUUGAACAGAUAGGAAACUAUUUCUUGUUUGAAGGAAUGUUGAUGGUUAGAUUUGUUUGUUCUUAAAAAGGCUCUUGAAGCUGGAAGCAUACUGCUGGUUCUGCCUUACCUCCACUUGAAGCUGGAAAGAUGCGUGUUUAUAGCAUGCGAUAUUGUCCCUAUGCCCAAAGAACAUUACUGAUGCUUACAGCUAAAAACAUUCCAUAUGAGGUUGUUAAUGUCAAUCUCCAAAAUAAACCUGAAUGGCUGUUUGAAAAAAACCCGUUAGGAAAGAUUCCUAUUAUAGAAAAAGAUGGUCAAGUCAUCUGUGAUUCACUUACUAUUGCUAUACACUUGGAAGAAGUUUACCCUGAUAUUCCACUUUAUCCCUCUGAUCCUUACCAGAAAGCUCAGGAGGAAAAAACAAUUGAGUUAUUUUCAAAGUUUUGUGGAGUAUUCAUUCAAUUAUUCAAGGGUGAAUGUGCCGUGGCUGAUAUAUGGCAGAAAAUCCAAGAUAAUUUGGUGUUAAUUGAAAAGAAACUUGCUUCUCGUGGAACACACUUUUUUGGAGGUUCAAAGCCUGGUGUCGUAGAUUAUGUAAUUUGGCCAUGGUUUGAACGUUUGCCUGCAGCUUUUUUAUUGUGUAAUGAAUUAACACCCAUAUCUUCAACUUCUUUGCCUACUUUGACAGCAUGGAUGGACAGAAUGAAGGAAGAUCCGGCAGUGAAAGCAAAUUUUCUUACAGGAGAACAACAUGCUAAUUUUAUAAAAGAUUUAAGGACAGGAAUCCGUAACUAUGAUAGAGAGCUAUGAAUGGGUUAUAUAACUUGUUCAGUAAGACUGACUUAACAAAAUAAUGUCACAUUUAUGAUAAAGUAUAUGGGGUGG